CCACCGCCCCGCCCGGGAGGAGUGUGUGCGUGUGUGUGUGUGUGUGUGUGCGAUCGGGCGGCGGUGCCCUGCAACCCGGGCAGCCCCCCGCCCCGCGGCCGGCCCCGCGACCCCCGCCCGGCCAUGGAGCUCCUCGAUCGGCCCUUCUCUUUCUCAUCCGCCGCUUGAGCUCCUCCGCCGCCGCUCUACCCGGAGCCCCGGGAAGCGGAGGGCGGGCGGCGGGCGGGGGCUGCCGAGCCCCACCGCUGGAACCACGGCACCGCCGCGCUGCGCUCGGCGGCAGCAGCAGCAACAGCAGCAACCCGAGGAGGGCUCUCUUUAUUUGUUUUGCCCCCUCCCCACCCCCAGCACUUUGCUUUUUCCUUAUUAUUUUUUGCCCCUUUCUCUCAACCGGAGGAAGGCAUCGCGCUGCCCAGCAGCCCAAAGGGGCCCCACCGACCCCCGGGGACCCCGCGGAUGUGCGAAGCUCUCCUCCGGCCGCCCUUCCUCCAGCCUCUGGCCGCACCGCCUUUUUAUCCUCCUGCGCCUUUAUUUUUAAGGUUUUUAAGCAAACCUGAGCGGCAUCACCAGGGGCGGGGAGGGUGGGGGGCUCAGCCACGCUGCCACACCGUCCCUCGCCUAUUUCUUCGAAGGAACUCUCAUGGCUUCACAGCUGCAGACAAGUUGCCGUGCAUCUUGGUGGACUAUCGGAGUUUGCAUCCUGGCGGCCGCGCUCUUUCCAGGGCUGCAAGCUCAGACUGUCUUAGUCAAUGACACAGUCUCGGGGUUCAUUGGGACAGACGUGGUCCUGCACUGCACCUUCACCAACCCACUCUCCAAUGUGAAGAUCACGCAGGUCACGUGGCAGAAAGUCACCAACAACACCAAGCAGAAUGUGGCCAUCUACAACCCCGCUAUGGGGGUCUCCAUCCUCUCACCCUACAAAGAACGGGUGACUUUCCGGAACCCUUCCUUCAAAGAUGGCACCAUUCAACUCUCUCGACUCGAGUUGGAAGAUGAGGGAGUUUACAUCUGUGAGUUUGCCACCUUCCCAACCGGCAACAGGGAAAGUCAACUGAACCUCACAGUGCUGGCCAAGCCCACAAAUUGGAUGGAGGGCACCACGCGGCCGCUUAUCGCCAAGUCUGGCAGGACAGAAAAGAUCUUGGUAGCCACUUGCAUCUCCUCCAAUGGGAAGCCCCCCAGCACUGUCACCUGGGACACAAAGCUGAAAGGGGAAGCAGAGUUUCAGGAGAUCCGGAAUAGCAACGGAACCAUCACGGUGAUCAGCCGGUACCGGUUGGUUCCGAGCCGCGAAGCCCAUCGACAGCAGCUCAUGUGUGUGGUCAACUACCAGCUGGAUCGCUUCACGGACAGCAUCACCCUCAACGUGCAGUAUGAGCCAGAAGUCACCAUCGAGGGCUUCGAUGGCAACUGGUUCCUCAAUCGGAAAGAUGUUAAACUGAUAUGCAAGUCUGAUGCCAACCCCCCAGCUCACACCUACGAAUGGAAGCUGCCAAACGGGACUCUGCCAGGGAGUGUGGAAAUCCAGAACAACACCAUCUAUUUCAAGGGCCCCGUCUCCUACAGCGUGGCCGGCACCUACAUCUGCGAGGCCUCCAAUGCUAUCGGCACACGGUCGGGCUUGGUGGAAGUCAAUGUCACAGAAUUUCCCUACACCCCGUCUCCAAUCGAUGAUCGCAAAUCCAUGGUGCAGCCGAACAUCCCCACCCCUGUGAUUGGGGGCAUAGUGGGAGGAGUCUCGCUGGUCCUGGUGGUGGCCGUGGUGCUCUUUGUGGUGCUCCGCCGCCGGCGUCACACCUUCAAGGGUGACUACAGCACAAAGAAGCACGUGUACGGCAACGGCUACAGCAAGGCCGGCAUCCCUCAGCACCACCCACCCAUGGCCCAGAACCUGCAGUACCCCGACGACUCGGACGACGAGAAGAAGCCGGGUCCAUUGGGUGGCAGCACCUACGAGGAUGAGGAUGAGGAUGCGGGAGGUGAGCGCAAGCUGGGCUGCCCCAACAAAUACGAUGAGGACGCCAAGCGGCCGUACUUCACGGUAGACGAAGGGGAAGCUCACCCUGAACCUUACGAUGAAAGGACACUCGGCUUCCAGUACGACCCCGAGCAGCUCGACAUAGCAGAGAACAUGGUCUCGCAGAACGACGGAUCUUUUAUUUCCAAAAAGGAGUGGUACGUGUAGCUCGGCUCGCCCCGGCUCCGGCCAUGCACACACACACACACAGACAUACACACUCACGCGCAUCCCCGAGCGGAGCCAUGUACAUGGACAGGGGGCUCGGGGCGGGGGCAGCUUUGCUUUACAGAUCAUUUUGGUUUAUUGGGGAGGGGGGAGGACGGGGAGGGGGGUUGGAUGGGAGGUGGGAGGUCGGGUAAUUAUUUUCUUGGUUUUGGUUUGGCUUUUUUUUUUUUAAUUUCUCUUGACGACUUUUUUCGUCCCCUUCUGUGGUGUUUGUAUUGGUCGGUGGCUUAGGUGUUACUAUUUGCUUUAACGACUGUUGCCCAGCCUGUAUAUUACACUCUUGUUUGUGUCUCCGUGUCUCAGAGUGCCCCCCCCCAAUCCCCAUCCCCCCCUGAGGCUUCUCCUCCUGCUCCCACCCCCCCUGAAACACUGGAAUUUGUUUGUAUGUCGUCGUCUUUUCUUUGCUUUAACCUCGGGAGGGGGUCCAGGGGAUAGAAAAGCUCACAGCAAAGGAAUUGGAGGUGCCAGAAUUGAGGGAAGCCAUUGCUCUCAUUGAGAUAUGUGGGAUGUUCCCACCGCACUGGGGACCCACUCCCAGGUCCCAAUGGCUCAAUAACGUGGAUGAUGGGGGAGAAAAGCCCUUGAACAAACCCCAUGUGCACGGGCUGAUAGCAGCAAAGAGCAACAGAGCUGCCAUUUCCCUCCUGCUGUUCAUCACCUCCCGGCUUUUCAUUUCUGCCUUUGCUGGAGCAUGUUUUAAAAGAAAGAAAAGGAGUAUUUAUUGCUGACAUUCCCUCUGUGAUGGCUCAGAGAGGUGCUGGCUCUCCUCAGCCCUAUUGCACACCGGUGCGCAUCCUCCCACCCACCAAUGGCUUUGGGGUCCCUAUGUUUUAUGAUACCACUCAGACUUCAUCGUCAUGUGUUUACACUUCUUUCUUGCGGUCAGAGCAUGCAGGUGGCUCGCUCUGUUUUAGCAACACCCCCAGUCCUCAGGGACAAAUGCAUGCCUGCAUUGAUUGCCACUUUCCCAAUGCCCCGUCCCUCCUCUAAGCAAAGCCUCAUAGAUAAGGAGGUGGAGAGGAAGGAAGGAGGGUGCUGGGGUGUUGCUCGCAUCCUCCUUCCCCCUGCCUUGUGGACUGCUCUGCAGAUAGAUGGGAUUCCAGGGCCCUCUGCCUGACACUGACCUUAUCCAGCUUCCAUUCACUGGGUCGGGGCUUAUUGCUCUUUCUUUUUGAUGUAGAAACAAAUCUUUUGGUUUGGAAAGAAAUGCCCAUCUGAAAGCAGCAGGACUCGCUCUCCCAUUGCCUUACCCAUUGGGUUUCAUUCCCCGGUGUUAUCCUGCUGCAGGAGCAAGAGCAGGGAGCCAAAGCCAUGCAGAUGAGCCAAGGUCAGGGCAACACAGCUCGUAUUCACAGGCUGCAGCUCGCUUUUAUUGCGUUAGUGGUGAGCGGGAGUGGGAAAUCCGAUUGCUGUGCUGUAAUCUUUCUGCUGUUCCUGCCAGCCCUCCCUGCUUCCUGGCUUCUGGCAGAGCAGCCCCGUGCCACAGGAAGCUUUGUGUCCCCAAUGAAGGGGAUGAAAUAUCUGACCCUGCAAACUGCUGUGUCCAGCAGGGAUUCUUUCACAUGCCAUGUCAGUCCCAGUCUUGCACUGUGUGGUGCUGCAAGCCCAGACGUCCCCAGGGCUGAUGAUGCUCUGCCAGUGGGAGAGUGAAAUUGUGUCCCAAAGAUCAUGAUGAUCUCUAAGGUCCCUUCCAACCCGCACGAGACUAUGAGACUAUGGGUAUGAUGUGCUGCAAUGGGGGCAUGCAGGAGAGGAGGGCAGUGGGUAGAGGCUUGCAAGGAAACAUGCUUAGGUAGCCAUGAGCCUUCACUUGAAGGUGUCAUGUCUUGAGGUUUCCCACACACAGACAAUACUUAUAGUUAACCAUGUUGGGGUAUGGAGAAACAAGGAGUAAAGAGAUAGCACAGCAACAUGGUAUCUCCAAGCCAAGUGCUGCCAAGCUUCCCCUUUUGCUGUCCCAUAUCAGUGCAGACACUUCAGCAGCUCAGGUCUAGGAAGGAGCUCAGCCACAGGAGCACAAUGAUGUGGAUCUGAAGAGGGUCAGGUGAGGAUUUUCCACCCAGAGACCCUUAGGCUCAGUAUGGGUGCUGUGCCUGUGCAAGGUGCAUAGUGCUUCCCUCUGCUCCUCACCCCUGCUUUGUCCAGCAUCACCGUGGAGUUGCAGUGAUCAUUUUGCUUCUGCAAAGGUUCCUUGCAAGGUCAGCUAAUUGUGCAAGAGACUUAUAGGGGUGGUAAUUAGCCAGGUGAUUAGCCAUCUAUAGCAAGGAGGAAAAAACAACCCAACAAACCAAGAGGACACUACAGAUGGAUGUUUCACCUGAGAGCUGCCUCAAAGCAUCACAGCCCCACAUGAGCCCCUGCUUUAUGUGCAGACUGUUCUGCUGGCAUUUCCCUCUUGGAUUAUUCAUUGCAAUCCAUCCUAGGGAUGUUCUUGCUUUCAUUUAUUUAAUCACAAGAUGCUUUUUCUUUUCCAUUUUGUUACAUCAUUUUCAUCCAAGACAAGACAAAUCCGAAAGCCUGAAGUUUACUUUAGCUUCAAUCAAUCAAUAAAUAAACCAAUCAGACCCCAGCGGUAGCAUUGAUUGCAAUAAGGGACAAAGGGAGGCCUUUUCCUGAUGUCGAGUCCAAAAACAAAAAGGGAAAACAAACAGUUCAGCAGAAAUCACUGAGGGCUGCAGGGAGAUGAUAGGCUCCAAAGAUUGAUCCUGGAGCAAUUAGAGAAGGGAACGCAAUUAACAACGGGGUUGCUGCACUCCUGUGCUGUUUUCUUUCCCCUAUUGCCCACACAGUGCAUGUCCAUGGGGUUGUGUGCACCUCGAGGCUCCUGGAGCAGCCUGCAAAGGGCAGGAGGUGGGGAAUGCAUUGUAGGAAUGGGGAUGGAGACCCUAUGGGACCUGUGUGCCUUGCACGUGUGAUGCACUUGGGGUGAAUGUAGAGAGCAAAAGGAGUCGGAGCACGGCACAAAGCAGCAGUGGGGGGAGGAAUCCUCACUGAGGGUCAGUUCUUUCCUUUGGCUGCUUGUUCUUUCAUUCUUUAGACGUGGCUCUUUAACUCCAGUGAUUUUUUCGCUCUCUUUCUCCUCCCUCUUGCUGUAAUUAUUGUGGAAUAAUGGACAAACGACCCCAAAACCCCGUUUUUUUUUCUUUCUUUCUGAUUUGAUUUUGUUUCUUUUUCUUUCUUUCUUUUAUUUUUGUAAUCCGUGCUGUAAGUGCUUUUGUAAAAAACAAAAAACAACAAAAUAAAUGGUAAAAAUAAUGUAAUGGACUUUAAUGAUUUGUUUGGUUGGUUUUGUUUGCCAUCCCUUUGUAAUGAUUUUGUUUGAGGUCCGGGGGAGGAUGAAGGGGGAGGGGGGAAGUUGCGUUUUCAUGGUUAUAAUUUGGUGUAUAAUGGUGUUGCAGCACCCUUCCUUUGACUUGUAUAAAACAAGAGAGUAACAAAAAAAACCCAACCCCCAAAGCAAUGGCAGAUAAUAACGGCUCAGCUGUGGAAUUAAAAAGCAAAAAAAAAAAAAAAAAA